UUAUUCCAAGACCCAAACCACAGCACAUUCUCUUGCAAAACGAAAGGACAACCCCUUGUACUACAGAAAACUGUAGUGCCUAGAAAAAAGUCUUCUGUAGCAAAGACACCAACUAAACGGAGGAGGACUCGAUGGCUAUCAGAAGCUAGAAUGAAAAUGUCAGGCAAAUCACCAGAAGCCCUGGACAAGCAAUUUGCUUCUGAAUUAAAGACAGUUCCCAUAUGCCGAAGACAGGUAAUCUACAAUAAAACAAAGGGAGCUCAGCAAUUAAAAUUGACUAAACAACAAACUCUGUGCAUGUCCGAGGCACUUGGGCUCAGUUGGCGUCAGGGAAGAACCCAAAGAAAACAUCUGAAGAAGGCAGGAAUCCUCCUGGAAAGUGAGACAUCCGUCAGGGAUUUUUCCAGAGAAAUAGUGUCAGAUUUUGUCCAAGUAGAACAGAAGUACUUUAUUAGUGAGAACGGGACAGAGUCUAAAGAGCAUUUGGCCAGGGUAGUAAAGUUGCCGUCUUGGGUUGAUUAUCUUUUAGACGCCUAUGACAAAAAUAAUAUGUUGAUGUGGCAUUAUGGGUAAAUACCCGACGACGAAGUC